AGAAGCUCAAAUGGAUUCAGGGCUCUGCUUUACUGAACUUGCAGCCCUGUUCCUUUCUUUGAUUGGUCAUAUCUGCUGCUUGGUGGCUUUAUUCAUACCUCACUGGUUAAUUGUAUCGUCAGGCAUGAUUGUCAAUGAAAGCUAUCGGCUUGGUUUGUGGCAGACCUGUGUCAUUCAAGAUGUGGGUUCAAGAGUUUGUCAGGAUUUCCACACUAUCUUUGACUUGCCUCUUCAGAUCCAGUUGGGUCGUGUACUUAUGUGUCUUUCAGUAUCCUUUGGGGCACUCGGAUUUAUGGUCUCAACGCCUGCACUGAACUGUCUAAAGUGUCUUGAUGACCAAGAUAAAUAUGUUCGAAAAAUAGCAAUUAUGGUUGGAGGAGUGCUUUUUUUACUAGCUGGAGCCUUAUCCAUUUGUUUUAUAUCCUACUUUGCUUAUGAUGCCUUAGUGAAAUUUUGGAACUUACCCAAAGACAUUCCUCGUUUUGAAUAUGGAAGUGCCAUGUUCUCUGGCUGGGCUGGCGGGUUCUUCUUAAUAGCAGGUGGAAGUGUACUAAUUGUUUCCCAUUUCUACACUGGCCAAGGAGGAACUCCAGCAGUGGGUUCAAAUACCACAACCAUAAAGCUUGAAUCUGUCUAAAAGUCUGUUAUUUCUAAUAAUAGUUAUUCCAGGAUUACA